UUACCCGAUAUUUCUUAUCAAUAUUCAUUAUCAAUCAAAUGCUCAGUAAGGCAGUAACUAUAUAGUUACAUAGUCUUGUUCUGUAAUAGUCUAUGGUAUUUUACAUUUUUCAUUCGAUAUUUAUUUGAUCUCGUACAGUUUUAUUAAAACGGUAUCUACCUAUUUCAUUAAAUCAUCAUGGCCGGUUAUCCGAACAAAUCGAAAUCGUCAUUUUAUGUCAAAAAAUCUAACUAUAACGUUUGUCGUUUUAAACUGCAACCAGGCGUCAAAGGAUUUUUAUGCACGUGUAGUUAUGGAGAAAAAGACUGUAAAAAAGAAGCGUUCAACUUGUUAAGGGAAUACAGUGAAGAAAAAGAUGUGAGUUUUUCUUUUUUAAUCAAAUCAAUUGAUAUCAAAUAAUUUUGGGUGUCGUACUGUCGUGACAUGCUCCAUUUGUACCUAAAGAUUAGAGGGGGGGUCAUUAAUUCUAAGAUGUAUUAAAAUCAAUGUAGUUAUAAAUAAUAAAAAGUAAAAUCCAACCGAAUAGUUUUUAAUAAAAAUAAAUCAAUUCAGUUUUAUUCUAUGAUAUAAUUAGAAGUAUCAAUAACGCAACCAGGAUUUUUUAAAGGAAGUAAAACAUAAUAUAAUAUAAAAAAAUACGGUUUUUAACAUAUUUUAAUAAAUUUAACUACUUAAAAUAGGAUAAAGAGGGUGUCCAGAGUUUCAGACACAGAACCCUCCCCCCCCGGUUGCAUUAUUGAUAAGUACCUAUUUAAUACAUCAAUACAUAUUUACAUAGGUACUUUUAUCCGGACACUUCUUUUGAAAAUAAUUCUGUCUUACUAUUUAUAUAAUACAUAGGUAGAUAUAGUAGUUAGCCAUAUAAAAUCUAUGAAAUAGGAAUACAUUAUAGUUAACAAUAAUAAAGUUCAUAAUAUUAUUGUAAAUUUUUUAUGUUUAUGAUUUAUAAAUUACGAUAAAAUAUUUAUUUGAAUUUGUAUUACCAUUAAUACCAUAUUACUUAUCGUAUUUACCACCGCGAUGUUAAUUUAUAUGUCAUAUUCUAUUUAUCUGUUGAUGUUAUUGCCAUAAUAUGAUAAUAAAUUGAUAGCAGACAAUCUAUUAUCAUAGAUAGUCUGUAUUCUGCAAUUCUGUUAAAUAAUAUUUAGUAUUUUCUUCUGCAAACAAUCUAAAUUUGACAAUUACAUCCGUAUUUUUAAUUGAAUUAAAGCAUAUCUAAAUAUUUUUCGUUUUUAAAUACACUUCUAUACGCAUUGCAUCAAUAACCUUUUCUUUUCAAAAUUUCACAAUGUCUACAAAAUCAGUUUUUGUUACUGUUGGUACAACAAAAUUUAAUGACUUAAUUUACUCAGUCACCAAACGUCAUACUCUUGAAGCUUUUAAACGUAAAGGUUAUACAACAUUAAUAAUUCAAAUGGGAAACAGUACAAUUGAUAUAGAAUCAUCUGAUAUAAUGAAAAUUUCAAGUUAUACAUUUAAACCUGAUCUUGGAUCUGACAUAAGUAAUAGCGAUCUAGUGAUAAGUCACGGAGGAGCCGGGUCCAUAAUGCAAGCAUUAGAUCAUGGGAAACCAUUGUUAGUGGUAAUCAAUGAGGACUUAAUGGACAACCAUCAGUAUGAAUUAGCUGUGAAAUUAUACGAAGAGAAACGUUUGUACUAUACAACCUGUGAAUAUUUAUGUGAUUGUAUUGACAAUUUAAACUUUACUUUGUUAAACUCAAUAAAAAUUGAUAAUUCAAAAAAAAUUUGUGAACAAAUUGAAAGUUUUUUUAAUGUUCAAUAGUUGUUAGUUUUUAAAUGUAUAAACAUCAUGUGUCUGAUAAUCUGUAGAAAUAUAUUAUAAUUUAUUUUAUUGAUUCUGGUUUUUAUAUUUUAUUUGUCUUUCUAAAUAAAUAAUUUUCAACACCUUCAAUAUUUUUCUUUUAUGACUACACAUACUCAAAUUAUGUACAGUGGAACCUCAAUUAUCCAGGGUAAUGGGCAGGGAGUCAUAUGGAUAAAUGAAAACUAUGGUUAAUUGAGACUUUAUAAUAAUGAAUGAUAAUAAUAAUAAUAUAAUAAUAUAAAUAUAAAUAAAUAAAUCUACAAUAUUGUUUCUCUUAAAUAAUUACAUAUUUGCGAUAAAAUAUACAUGAACAUAUUGUUAUCAUUAAUACAUUAUAUUGUAUAUUAUGUAAUAUAAAAUGUUCGAUUAUAACUAUUUAGUAUUAUGUACAGUCCAUUGUUAUUUUACAUUUUCGGAAAAUUGAGGCGCCACUGUAAAUUGAACAUUUUUUUAGCAUAUCAAUUAAUUAUUAAUUAAAACCAGUAGCGUAUUUGACUUAAUUUUAUGAGAGGGAGCAACUCUAAAAUUAUAAUUAUACACAAGCUUAUAUUCUACCCUAUUGAUUUUACUAUUAAGUGUUUUAGAUUCUGAAUAGAGAGAAGAAUUUAUUGCAGGUUUUAAAAUAAUGUUUUUUUAUGUAGAUAACACUUUACUUUUCAACUCUGAUUUUCAAUGACAGCACUUGUUUUUGAAAAGAAAUCUGACUGGAGAGGUACUUUAGAGAGGUCAUUUUUCCCAAUAAAUGGGAAAACAGGAAAAUAGGUACAAUAUUAAACAAAUAUUAUUAAAGAAAAUAUAUACUGCAUAUGCAAUUAUUUUACCAUUUGACAUAUAUAUUGUUGACAAAGCAACACUAUCAACUGAACUCCACUCAGAAUUGUUAUUUGUGAAUAAUGGUUAAUCUUUGCGUACAGAUAUACAUUAAAUUUCCCAACUUCUACCUAUGUGUGAAGUAUACCAGUCUUUUUAUUUUUGUAUCUGAUGAUGACUCUUUUCUAGCAAAAAUAGUGUUAAACAUUCAAUUUCAUAGGAGAUACUGAGAUUUUUGUAUAUAUAAUAUAGUAAAUACCUACACAAAUUAAUUGAUACACCACUGAUUAUAACUGAAAUUAUUUACUCCCAAUUUAGAAACCAUUGGAAGGUAAUACCAACAUUGUGGAAAAAUCUACAGAUAUUAUGGAUUCUUUAGACAGUGAAUUACAAUGCUUGUCUAAGAAAGAUAAUUCAGAUUGGAAAAAGUUUUCUCCGUUGGCUACAGGUGUUAGAAACUGUGUUUUUAUUAGUACUACUGUAAGUUGUUCAUAUUAUUAUUUCUUACUGGUAAUAUUAAAAUGUAUUUUAUAAAAAUUUCAUUUUAUUGAUAAUUCAUUGUUAGAUUGAAGAUCCGUGUAGUCUUAUGUAUAAAAUACUUGAAGAUAUAGAAAAGACCAAAGUUCAGAAGACAAAAUUUCUUUUACGCAUGCUCCCAGUUGAUGUUACUUGCAAAGUAAUGAACAACCAUAACAUUAUUUUACACUAUUACAUCAUUAAUAUUUUUUAUAUUCAUAGUCAACCGUACCAUCCAUAUCAACAGCGUGCACAGAUUUAUUUGCUAAACAUUUUAGUACAGAACCAACAACAUUUGCAAUUGUAUUCAAGUAAAAAAAAAAAUUAUCACUGUAUUAAUCUUAUUAUAUAUUUAAUGCUGUAAAUUUUAGUCACAGAUAUAACAAUUCAGUGCCGCGUGAUAAGUUGAUUGAAGAAUUGGCUGGUAAAGUGUUUAGUUUGGGACAACAUACAGUGGAUUUAUCUGGUCAAGCUAAAAUUACUAUUAUUGUUGAAGUAUUGAAAUCAAUAUGCUGUUUGUCUGUAGUCAGAGAUUAUGGUAGAUUUUUCAAAUUCAAUCUACUCUCUGUCUGUGGUCUACCUGAAAAAAGAACAGCAGAAGGUGAAAAUGGUAACUUUUAAAAUAACAGUGAAAUAAUGAUAUUUCAAAUAUUCUAUCAAAACACCUAUUUACAUAUUUGUUAUUAUUAUUAAAUUAUUUUGUGCCUAAUGUUAAAAAAAAAAAAAUUGUUAUAGAAUUUAUGUUAACAAUACAUUUAAUUAUUUCAAAAGAAUAAUUAAUUUAAUAAUACAGUAGAAUUUAAGAAUUAAUUAUUCUGGACCUAAAGAACGGAAUUAUAUACAUUUGCAUGUUCUCAUUGAAUAUGCACUAUUUUAGUGUAUCAAUUUAAGCCAAUUUCAUGGACAUUUUUUUUUACAUUUUAAUGACAUAAUUAUUUAGUAUUAAUAUUUUAUUAUCAAUUCAAUGUCUUAUAGGUAAAUUUUAUCUUUCAAAAUGUAAAUAAUAUGUUUACAAUUUACCAUUAAAGUUAAAUUUUUUUCAAGUAUCUAAUUAUUUAUAGUCAUAUUUGGAUACGUUUGCAACACAGUUAACAGCUAAGCUGUUUUUAAUUAGCAAAUAAAUAAUUGUGCGGUUAAUGGAUCAUAAAUCUACUAAAUAAUAAAAAUACAUUUUAUUUUUUUAGUCUACAAAAGUGCAAUAUUUUUAAUGUUUUUGCGCAUAUUCUGUAAUUUUAUUCUGCAAAUUUAUAUAUUUAGCAACUUAUAUAAUUCCGGUCCCUAACCAUACCAAAUCAAUCAAUAAAAAGUUUACUAGAUAUAAAUCUGUUUAAACUAUGAAUUGAAUAUAUUAUAGUAAUGGAUAUAAUAAUAUUAUUUUAUAUUGGAUUUUAAAUAUUUAAACUAGGGCUGGAGUAAUUGAAAACAAAUUGCUUUUUAAUCUUUUUAAUGUUUUAAGAAUAGAUAACUUAAAGAAUUUAAUUUAAAUUUAUUGUUAAGGUAAGAAUGAAAGUAGUUCAUCUCCAAAAAUAAAAAAACUUGAUGAAAAUGAUCAUAUCAAUGAAAAUGAUAAUGAACAGAGUGAAUCAGUUGAAGAAACUAAAAAACAGAGUGAAACUGUUGAAGAAAAUAUAAAACAAAGUGAAACUGUUGAAGAAAAUAUAAAACAAAGUGAAACUGUUGAAGAAAAUAUAAAACAAAGUGAAACUGUUGAAGAAACUAAAGAAAUUCCAGAAGAAAAUUAAAUUACUAUAUUAUUUUUAAGCUACUAAAAGCAUAUUAGUAAAUUUUAUUUUUAUUUAAUAAUUUCAAUUUGUAUAACGUCAUGUUUUUCUGAAAAUAACAAAUUAAAUACUGAAUAAUUAUCUGAUUAAAAUAAAAUAUAUAUAAAAACAUAAGUUAUAUUAUUAUGUAUUAGCAAUUCUAUUUGUAGUAUACAAAUUUUGUACCAUUUGUGUUGAGAAACAUAAUAUAAUGGAUAACAAUGGAUACAGUGGUAGGUCAUGCUAAGUUGUAGCCACACUCCCUACUUAAAUUUUAAAACAGUGUUUGCCACAUAUUGGACUGAUGAUUUAUUGAUUCAUUUGCUUAUUGAACUCAAAUAGGUUGGUUCAGAUUAACAAAUAUACCUAAAAAAAAAAAACCAUUUGUUCGAUUCACAACACCGGUUAAUAGGAUAAUUUAACAAUAAGAUAAAUAACAAAAAUAUAACAAAUGUUAGUUGUACUAGUAUCUUGUUAUUGUGGAGAUAAAUUAAGUUAUCUAUUCAUGAUUAACCAAGCAGUUAACCAAGUUAGUGUACCUAUGCAAUGGUGUUGUGUUCAUUUUGUGCUGCCUAAAUAUUUUAUUAUUAAGAAUCGCUUCUUAUGUAUUUAAGUAACAUGAGACCUACGUACGAGAAUUACUUAAAAAAAUUACUGAAGACUGGAAAACCUAAUCAAUUCAGGAUAAUUUUCUAUCAAAAAUAAAUUAGGAACAAUAAACAAAUAUGUACAUACAAUUUAUUAAUUCUAUUAAGUAUGUAUAUUCAUAUUAAAGUAUAUCUCAAUAAAUAUUUAAUUUAUUCACAUAUUUAUAUUAUUUUUUGAGGGGCCUUAUUAACUUAUUCGGUUAUUGGACUCAAAUAGUUUGGUCUCAAAGUAAGUCCAAUAAGUGACAACCACUGUAUAUUGCAAUUUACAAUUGUCAGUUAUACUUGUUAUCUUAAAUAGUAAUCAUCAUAGUUUCAGUCUUACAAAAUAAUUUAAAAAAUUCAGUAUUUUAAUAAAAAAUGAUAAUUGAAGGAAAAUUUCAUCUUAAUCUGGAAAUUCUAAUGUGAUGAGAAUAAUCUAUAAAUUGAACACAAGCCUCAAGCAACCAACUUCACAUAGUGUUAUUGGUCACAUCCUCGUGUAAUGUAUCAGUUUGUGGCACAAAAAAAAAUGAAUGAAUGUUGUAUUAUAUAGUAAUAUUGAUAAGGUUAAGAUCAUUACUCUAGUCAAUAUGCUUAGGGAAAUUCUCAUCACAUAUUUUCAGCAACGAUCUAUGCUUGUGUUUACAGCGUGUUGAUUUUGAUAUUGUACACAUCUAUUAAUAUUUAAUAGCCAAAGAAAUUUCAAUUGACAACAAUGGUUGUAAAAUGAGAAUUAUUUAUUUUAACA